GUUUCGCGUGCGAGUGACAGGCCAUGCUUCCACCUGGUACUGCUCUACCGUUGGGGACUCCGGCCCCUGGCUGUGCUUCCGGUGCUUCCGGUGCUUCCGUUGCUGGCGGCCGGAGCUUUUGCCGGCUACCUUGUCCAAGCCCACCCCGGACAGCAACAACAGCAGCCGAUGUUUACCACCAGCCCUCCGCCGGAGACGCAGGUGUACGACUCGGCUGUGUUAAAGACGAAGCUGGAGGCAGUGCAGACGGAGGGAAAGACACUUGAAGACGUGGUGGAGGAGGUGGUGAGAACGUGCGCCAUCGAAGGGGUUGUCCUUUCUACCGCGAAGUCGACGAGGUGUCGCGACGGCGGAACGGAUCGUGUGGACAUGAAGAAGCUGAUUUGUACUCGAGGCGGGGGUAGCCGGCAACUGGAGCACGAAGCCAGGCUUGACACCGAACCUGGGGUAAUACGGCGGAACAGGAAAGGAAGCGCGAGGACUGGUUGUCAGUUUGAGGUUAGCGUCCGGCACGCGAAGUCCCACCCUCGGCCCAAGAUUACCAACAUGAAGCUCGGGCACAACCACGUAGUCGACCGCCAGGCUAUGGCCGUGAAGCUCCGCCUCGCCGGAAAGCUAACGGAGGAGCAGCGGGGACAAGUGGAGAAGAUGACAAGUGAGGAGAUUGAACGCGGGAUGAAGCCCAAAGCUGUGCAUGAAGCAAUCCAGGCGUUACACGAGGACAGCGACAUCGAGAUCAACAGGCGCGCGGUGCAGAACGUGGCUGCCAGUGUGCAUGGGGCGGAGAAGCCGAGGGAUGCUGCCGAUGCAUACGAAGAGGUCAUGGCCGUCACUGCCGACGGCGGAGUGUGCGAGAUCAAGAUGGAUGACAGCGGCCGCCUGACGCAUAUCUGGUGGCAAACGAGAGAGCAGAUGGCGCUUUGGAAUCGGUACCGCAUGCCCCUCGGCGUGCUCGCCGUCAUCGAUUCGGAGUAUCGGACGCGAAUCGUCGGCCAAAGCAUAACGGCGGACACCACAACGAACACUUUCGUGUGGAUGUUGAAGAGUGCGUUGAGGUCUCGCGGAGGGAAGCAGCCAGAUAUCUUCAUCCAGGACGCGGAUGUGGCCAUGACGGCGGCGGUGCGCGAGGUGUUCCCGGACGCGCUGGCGAGGCGCUGCUUAUGGCACCUCUACCAACACAUCAUGAAGGCCCUCGCUAAAGACCUUGGCGGGCAGAUGAAGGUGUGCUCUACCGUGUGUGUUGGCAUGGCCGGUAGCUCAUGCGCCGAGGCCCUAACUCAAGCAACACCCACCUCGCCUGCUUCGUUCCGGGGACGGUCUGCCUGCUCGUGCUUUGCGCAGGCUUUCAUGGACGAGUUCAGGUGUGUGCGUCAGCAGCUGUCACUGGCGAAGUUCGAAAGGAAGUUCAACGCCCUCAUCGCCAAGUACCCGCAGACGGAGAAGUACAUGCGAGCGGUAUACGACGACCGCACGCGGUGGGCGGAAUAUGUGUCGCCUCUGGUAUUCUCCGUGGGUUCGUGGACGACACCAAGAGUUGAAGUGCAACUACUUUGUCGGGAAUCAUCUGCUCCCAGAAGGAUGCAUCCGCGCGGCGUGACGCUAUCGACCACCUGCCGCCUGCUCGAAUGGCUACUCCAACCGACGACCGCCUUCAAAAGUGUCUUGGAGUCCUGCGAAUUCUCCUUCGCGGCCUGGCCGCGGCGGUUAAUGGAGCAAGAGAUGACCGCGGCCAUCAUGUUUUGCCAGAUGGAUGGUGGGGAGUUGGAUGGAUCAGAACGCGCGGCAGCUUUGGGACGCACGUUCGAGUACAUCGAAGACAAGCUUUGCGACGUCAUCUACGUCUUCGGCAUUCGCGAACAUCGUGAUGAUGGCAGGACCUUCGACUACCUCGUCUUGCUCUUUUCCGACGGUAGCCAUCUCUGCCAGUGCCGCACAUUCCAAACUCUUGGGCUAUUUUGUCGCCACGUGUGGGCGGCGAUGAUGUACAGCCCCAGAUUCCGAUUCCACGUCGGCCUCCUGCACCAGCACUGGCUGACGGAAAAGGCGAGGGGAACACCGCUGCAGGACUGGCCGGAUGUCGCCCGGCCUCGAUUUGUGGUGAUAUCCGACCGCCACGCGUCGACAGCGGGAGCAAAGGAGCGCUUUGAAGGGGCGGCGGGAGAAGUGGACGGGGUGGCGGGAGAGGGAGAGGGAUGGGGGGUAGGCGGAUUCGGCGGGGGGUUGAAGUCUUUCGCUGGGAGCAGUCAGACGGUGCAGGCGGCCCUCUUGGAUUUGAAGGAGAAGGAACCCACGGACCAGGAAAGACAAGUGUUGUAUGCAGACGUAACGAAGAAGCUCGGGCAAGCCGCGAGUACUUUUUCUGAUGAGUUUUAACCGAUAGUCGCCGUAGCCCUCGUGGACCAAUUUCUGGCGACGGUCAAUGUGCAAACAGGCGGGGCAGGUGCUACAACGACGGGAGGCCGGGGGGCGGCUCUCUUCAUGGCCAACCCUGGUUCUGUUCGCCUGCCCGCUAGGACAAGUAAUAAUUGACGGCGUGUUGCUGCAGAAAAAUUCACCAGAGGGGGUAGCAAGAGAGCCGCGACUUCGGGGUCCCAACCCUAGUUUCGUUUUUGCAUACUCGAAGUACAUACCGUAGCGGUACGCCGCCCUACAUUUGCGACGUCACCGGUGCAUGUGCCUGUACCAUGUGUUGUGCCCCCCCCCCACCCAGCGGCCGGUUAAGGCUCGGUGUGAUGUUUCAUUUUCGCUUCCGCGUUAUUGUGCCGAUCGCCGUCUGUGAUGUUAUCGUCCCGAGCCAUUUGUUUCAUGUUCGUAUUUGUAUGUCUGUUUUGUUGCUGCGUUGUAGCGUUCGAUGGGACCAUCCUGUUCCUGUCCUGUUUUCUUCCUUUUGUUCGAUUUCCUUUUCCUCUCAUUCUUCGUCUGUCCCUUUUUUGGCCGUGUUGGAUCGUCUCCAAGGUCGUUUUAAUUGUUUGAGUCAGUCUAUCAUCAAAUCGCGCUUGGAUAUUUAUUUUCUGGGUUCCAAUUUCUGCGUCUGUGGUUGUCGACCUGUACGUUCUGAGCAGGUGUGAACGAAACGAUGCCUGCAGAUUCUGUGCCUGGAGAUGUUGUCGUUCUGCCCAUGUCCCUGUGUGCGCCCGUGUACCAACGCAGUGGUGUUUCCGUGGUUUCCUUGGUUUGACGUCGGGGUCAGAAUAUUCAGUAAUUUACUUUUGAAGUAAAGGGUGCCGUUUGUUCGGGGAAAUAUCGAUAGUUGUUGUAGCCACGACGACGUUGGAUCGGGCGUGAACGUCAACGAAUUUGACCGCAAGAACGUGACCGCAGGAACGUGACUGCAGUAGACUGAAUAACGCAACCUA